GACCUCUCCACCCCCACAAUCUUCGCCAUGGCUUGCACACGCGCUUUUACUCGUCUGGCCACGACACGGGCAGCCGUACGGCCCGCCGUUUUCUCUCGCGGUUUCGCCUCCGUCGCCGACGUCCAUGCCCGCGACCCCAUCUCCAAACUCGGCGAAAAGAUUGCGCCCGAUGCUUCUACGAAACCUGUCUCGGAGAGCAAGACCUCGACGAUGAAGGAGCCCGAGCCCAGCAAGGAUGCAAAGACCAAGACGUUCCACAUCUACCGCUGGAAUCCAGAUGAGCCGUCAUCCAAGCCCAAGAUGCAGUCGUACACUCUCGAUUUGAACAAGACGGGACCCAUGAUGCUGGAUGCGCUUAUUAGGAUCAAGAACGAGGUCGACCCAACGCUGACGUUCAGGCGGAGUUGCCGUGAGGGAAUCUGCGGGAGUUGCGCCAUGAACAUCGACGGUGUCAACACACUUGCUUGCUUGUGCCGCAUCCCCACCGAGACAACCAAGGAAUCCCGCAUCUACCCCCUCCCCCACAUGUACGUCGUCAAGGACCUCGUCCCAGACAUGACAAACUUCUACAAGCAAUACCGCUCCGUGCAGCCCUACCUCCAGCGCUCUACUCCCGCCCCUGACGGCCGUGAAUACCGCCAGAGCAAGGAAGAGCGCAAGAAGCUCGACGGCCUCUACGAAUGCAUCCUCUGCGCCUGCUGCUCAACAUCCUGCCCAUCGUACUGGUGGAACCAGGAAGAGUACCUCGGUCCCGCCGUGCUCAUGCAGUCGUACCGCUGGAUCGCCGACUCGCGCGACGAGAAGGCCGCCGAGCGCCAGGACGCCCUCAACAACAGCAUGAGCUUGUACCGAUGCCACACGAUUCUCAACUGCUCGAGGACAUGCCCCAAGGGCCUGAAUCCCGCGCUGGCUAUUGCGGAGAUUAAGAAGAGCAUGGCUUUUACUUGAUUUUUCCACUUUUUGUUUUCCACAGAAAAAUAUUGCGAGGAGAGGCGUGCAAUGUAUAUAUUCGCUGUUUUUUUUUUUU